CGAAGCAGCCCGGUAGCGACGGGCUGGGCUUCCCCCUGCUCGGCUGCGGCGGGAACGAGCCCCGGCCUCCCCCCCCGCCCCCGGCAAGCCCAGACGCGCUUUCCCGCAGCGCAGCCGGUGCUCGCCCCGCUGUCCCGGGCCGGUUCCCGGGGGCGUCUCCCCCCGCAGCCGGCCCCGCCCCGGGGAAGGGGCAGCGGCCGCCUCCGGCCCCACCUGAGGGGCAGCGCCCGCAGCUCCGCGCGGCGGCACCAUGACGGUGGGCGCGCGGCUGGGCGCCAAGGCGAGGGGUAGGUACUCCCGCCGCGGGGCCGGCGAGGACCGGGUCUGCAUCCUGCCCGGUGAGGAGGAGGAGGAGGAGGAGGAGGCGGCGGCGGCUGGGGGCAGCGCGGGGGUCCCGCGGCCCGCGGCGCUGGGGGAGAAGAAGAAGAAGAAGGAGAAGGAGAAGGAAAAGGAGGAGGAGGAGGGCGCUGCCUCCAGGAAGGUGCGCUUCGCCCUCCUGCCCGACUCCUACGAGCCGCUGCGCCCGCCGCGGGCCGCCGGGAAGCGGCCCUACGGGAAGCGGCUGAAGAAGUACGGCAAGAACGUCGGCAAAGCUCUGCAGAAGGGAUGCCGCUACUUGGUGGUCGGCCUGCAAGGAUUAGCGACGGCCUAUUCGGCUCCCUUUGGAGUGGCAGCUCAGGUGGCAUCCUUCGUCCGCUAGCGCAGCUCCCCGCACCCCGCAGGGCAGGACGCGAGGCCAGUGCUGCUUUCUUAGGAUGAAAUCUGAGACCCGCAUCUGAGAAACCUCCUGGACAACCGGUCCCAGCCCCUUCCCCCGGACUGAGUGCUCUUCUCUGCAAAAACUUCCAGCGCUUUCUAAGUCAGAUCGGGUCAAAAAAAUGCAAGGAUGAGGAAAUAAUCUUCUUCACGUAAUUGAGCUGAAGUUUGUUCUCAGACAUGAGUUGGUUUUCUAGAGCUCUGUGCUAUGUGUGGAAGGGAGCCGAAGAUGGAUGGAAAAGCAAGUAGAUGAGGGAGAGAGAAA